UGGAACACGGAAGCCCACCGUCAACACACGAUGGACAGCUCUUGAAAAAGGAUGUGAGGCCUGGGCUAGAAAUAUCUGGGGCAUUAAGAGUAUUUUAUUGCAAAAUCAAAUCAGAACAACACAGUUUAACAAAUGAACGAAAAAGAAAAAGAUGAUUCUCGCGUUUUACUGAGUGGACUAUAGCUAACAUGACGUUUCCAAAUGUACUGCAGUGUUACGGCCUAUCAAUAUUACCGUUUCCUUUUAAUAUGAAAUUUAAUAAGAUGUCGCCUUCUGUAUUGAGUGUGUUUUUACUUAGCAUCUUGUUGAUGUGUGUUCAUGGCUUCAACCUCGAUCUGGAGAAAGCCAGGAUCAUUCCGGGACCGGCUGGUACCUUGUUUGGUUUUACUGCCAAAUUCCGGAAAAUGGACCUCUUGGUAGGAGCUCCAAAAGCUUCGUAUAGAGGCAUAACUUCCGGCAAAAUGUUCGUCUGCACUGACAUACUGUCGCCACAGGCAAACUGCAGCGACGAAGUGUAUUACGACGACAGCAAAGUGAGCCCGAUACUGGUGUUUGAGAACUCGACGUUUUUAGAAGGUUUUGCGUCUUCUAUUGCUGUGUUACCAACGAGCGAAACUCUGAACAAUAUUUUUGCCUUAGGAGCCCCAGGGGUUUCAACGUUUGAAGGGAGUUUGUACAUCAAGAACAUUGCUGAUGGGACAGCUACAAUGAAGACCAGUCUGAAGAGGAACAAUCUAAAGGAUACUGCUUAUGGAUACGAAGGCUAUAGUGUCAAACUUGGCAAAUUCUGUAACCCUCCAGAGAUCUGUUUGGCAACUGGCGCCCCAAGACUCAACCGACACGGAGUGGUAUCAAUAUACAAGUGGCUCGACAAAAAAAAGCUAACAGUGAUAAGCCUUAUAGAAGGAACACAGGUGUGGUCGUUCUUCGGGGCAUCACUGUGUGCCGUGGACAUAGAUGGUGACGGCUAUGACGAGCUGCUGAUUGGAGCCCCGCAGUACUCGGACCUUUCGGACAAAGAGGACGGGCACGACCAAGGCAGGGUCUUCAUUUAUGGCCGGACACAAAGCGACACGAUGUCGCUAUUGGAGCCCCUGGUGAGAAUUACGGUGAGGGGUGUGUGUACAUCUACCUCGGUACUCGAACUGGUUUACGCCAGCCUUUCUCACAAAGACUUUGUUCUUCACAGCUCCCUUCUAAAGCUCGGAAUGAAAUCCCAAAUGGUUUCGGGUUCAGCAUCUCGAAUGCCGCCACAUCACCAGGAGAUGGCUAUCCCAUUUUCGCCGUGACAUCUGUGGUCAAAGAUUCUGUCACCCUAAUUCACUGUAGGCCUGUGGUAGAAGUAACUGCAAGCCUGAAGGCCACACCCAAUCCCCUGAAGCUACCUUGCCCAGCCACCUCACAGGGCUGUCUACAGGUAGAGGUCCACUUGAACUUCACUGUGAGGGGAUACUCUUCAAUAAAGACUCUUGACUUCGACAUUGAUCUCGCUAUCGACACUCAAGUUAGCUCUGACUUGUCCAAGAGAGCACAGUUUCUGCAGGGAACAUCAGUUGGACCCACAGCAAAGAGGGAAAAAAUAACGAUACAAGCCAGCGGGAGCUCUGUCAAAUUUGGUGCCACGAUACUGGAAGCUCAAGUUGAGCGCGAUCGCUUCACUCCAGUCGAGAUCCGAGCUACGUACAAGCUGGCUGACCAGGACUCUAUAGGCGGUGUGCGCCCCGUGCUUGAUGCUUUUAAACCCAACAAUAUCAGUCACAUAGUCGCAUUUGCUAACAACUGCGGAAAAAACAAAAUAUGCGAAGUAGAUCUGAAAGUGAAUGGGAAUGUGGGCUUCUCGCACGCAGAACCAUGGGACUUUGUGGUGGUCAAUUACACCAAGCAACUGACCGUGGACCUGGAAGUGACCAACACCGCUGAGACGUCCUACUGGACUGUGUUCACGGUGACAACAGAGCCACCCAUCAUCUUCAGGCGCUCCACUUCAUCGGUGAAGACCACGUGUCAAGGUGACCAAGCGUCCCUGCCAGAAGGAACUGACAAGACUCUGGCCACAGCAGGGCAGGGGGACAGGACUCACAGCAAGGUAUCCUGCAAUUAUUACAAGCCACUGGAAAAUGGGAGUUCUAUUCAUUUAACCUUAAAGUUCAGCGUUGACAUCCCUGAGUGGAACAAGACCCCCAUCAAGAUCAAAGCCGUGGUGUUACCGAACGAUAAACGCUUCAACCCGGAGACUACCCCAAGAAACAAUGAAGUUAACAUGAUGGCCAAUGUUUUCAUUAUGUCCAAUGUCUCUGUUGACGGCUCCUCUUCCCCAUUAGAGCAAACAGUAUUCCAAAGAAAAAAAAUCUCCUUGACUCAGCUCGUGGAUGUGCCUUCAGAGGAUGAGACAUCCUCUCCUUCUGGAGAAAUCCUCAACGUCACACACAAAGUCCUCAUCACCAACCAUGGCCCGAGUUCCUUACCAACCACUUCAGUGUUUGUCAAAGUCCCUACCUACCUGACCGACGGUUCUAAGCUUGUUGUAGAUGCAAAUGUCACCAUGACAACUGCUGCUGGAGUAACCUCACAGUGUUUGGGCACCAAGUAUUUUCAAAUUGGAGGGUUGCAAUCUACUCAGAAGCCCUCGACAACUACAGGAAAAGCAACAGAGUCCUCCUCAUCGUCGUCUGGCUACUCCACCACCACCGCUGGCAUCACUGGCACUACACAGAGUGGACAGUCGACAACCACGACAACCACCAUACCUACCACCACCACUACCGCUUUUUUAUUCAAGCCAAAUGUCAACAGGCGGAAGAGAAGUGCUGAUGAUGAAGCUCAAGAUGACAAUGUUGAUGACAAGUCCAAAGUGUUGGAUACAACAUAUGUGAUGUCCUGUGAACUGAACCCUGAGUACUGUUAUGUGUACGAGUGUGAACUUCCACAUGCCAUCCCAGCUUCGGAGUAUGCAGAGAUCAACAUCUCCAUGUCCUUGGACAAACGAAAUGUACCCAUUCCUGAGGGAUUCAACACCUUGUAUUUUCUGACGGAUGUCGAAGUCCAAACGCCCUCCCAUCCAUUGUUUCUGUCGUGGCAAUUCCAGCCUAAGACAACGACUAUGACAAAAUUUCACCUGGCAUCGACAAGUGGAAAAAUAAAUAUCUGGAUCAUAGUUGGAAGCGUCGCUGGAGCUCUCGUACUGAUCACUGUCAUUGUUUUAGUUCUUAAAAAGCUUGGAUUCUUUAAACGAGACAGGCAUCACCAGGUGGAAAGGUGGCGAAGAGAGAGUAAGAGACGGUCCCGAGUUAAAUCUCAAGGCCCAUCAAAAGCAGAAUGAUUCUGUUUUCAUGAAAUGCUGGUUUCAGUUACUUGGGUAUCCUAAUUCUAAUGAUCUUUAUGGUCAUGAUGCAAAAGGGUGAUGAUGAUGAUGAUGAUGAUGAUGAUGAUGAUGAUGAUGGUGAUGGUGAUGGUGAUGGUGAUGAUGAUGAUGAUGAUGAUGUUGA